AUGGCAACUAUUAUUGAUCUUAUGCAAUACUCUUUCUUGUUUCUCAUGUCAAUACUUUUCCUUCUCACAAUACAAUUCCUCAUCCAAAUAUUCAUAAACAAACGGGGAAAGGUCCGGCACCCACCAAGCCCACAAGCACUACCUCUCUUUGGUCAUAUCCAUCUAUUAAGCUCUAGUUUGCCCAAAUCAUUCCAAACCCUAGCUCGCAAAUACGGACCCCUAAUGCAAAUACGUAUAUAUACAUCCACAUUUCUUGUUGUCUCCAAUCCCAACAUUGCCGAAGAAAUCCUUAAAACACAGGACAUUUAUUUUGGUACUAGGUUUGAGACUUGUCCAACCGACUACAAUAUCUAUCGAGGGUCAGGGUUCAUUGCAAGUCCAUUUGGUGCAUAUUGGCGGUUCAUGAGAAAGCUUAGCAUGACCAAGCUUUUCAAUGGACCACAGCUCAAUCGGUUCAAUCAUAUUCGCGAACAGGAGAUCGAGACACUCUUGAAGUUCCUGAUGGAUUGCUCGAGGCGAGGAGCGACAUGCGAUUUGAAUUUGGAGCUCGAGAGCUUAAUGAAUAACAUAAUAUGUCGGAUGGUAAUGAGCAAGAGAUUCUCAAAUAAUGCUAUUGGGGCUAAGCAGCUCAAGAAGUUGGUGGCCGAGGUUAUGGAUGUUUCAGCCAGGUUUGGUGUCAAUCAAGUGUUUGGUUUCUUGAAGAAAUUUGACAUUUUGGGUACUGGGAAGAUGUUAAAGGCAGUGAUGUUGCAGUAUGAUGAGUUGUUAGAGGAGAUCAUGAAGGAGUACGAAGAAAAUAUUCUGGUUCAUCAGGAUGGAUCAAGAAAUGAAGAGAAAGAUGUGAUGGAUAUUUUGUUGGAAACAUAUAGAGACCCUAAUGCUGAAGUCAAGAUAACAAGAAAUCAGAUCAAGUUUUUCAUUAUGGAGCUACUGUUUGCAAGUAUUGACACAACUUCGGCAGCAAUUCAAUGGGCAAUGGCAGAGCUGAUCAACAGUCCUAGUAUAUUCAAGAAGCUAAGAGAAGAGAUCAACUCAGUAGUGGGGUCCAAUAGGCUAGUCAAAGAAUCAGACGUCCCAGAUCUCCCUUACUUGCAAUCAGUCAUAAAGGAAUCACUAAGGCUACAUCCUCCAUCAACCUUCUUACGUCGAGAAUGCACCAAGGAUUGCAAGAUCAAUGGUUAUGAUGUGAAUGCCGGAUCUAGAAUUAUGAUCAACGUCUAUGGUAUCAUGCGGGACCCAGACUCAUGGAACGAUCCUGGUAAGUUCAUGCCCGAGAGGUUUAUGGAAUCCAACGGCCAGGAUUUUCGUUACCUACCAUUUGGUGGUGGAAGAAGAGGUUGUGUUGGUACCAAGCUUUCUUAUCUUGUGAUGAAUGCAACGAUUGGAGCCUUGGUUCAAUGCUUUGAUUGGCAAGUCAAGGAUGGGGAGAGAGUUGAUAUUAGGGUUGGGGCUGGAUUCACUGGAGCCAUGACUGUCCCUAUGUUAUGUUACCCCAUCACAUGUUUUGAUCCCUUUCAUUAG